AUGAAGAUCGGCUCUGUGGUCUUCGCUCUCCUGACUCGAGCGCUCUUUGGAGAUUUGUGCUUGGCCAUCAAUGUCACCAUCACCCCAUCCCCUUUUACAGUGGCCCAGGAGGGUCAGAACAUCACCCUGUCCUGUGUUGUGUCCCAGCGCCGCAGAAACGCUGCUUUACCUGUAGUCAAAUGGACCUUCUUACCCGCCGGCGCAGACCGGCCAGAAGACGAACUCCUCAUCGCACGAGUCAACAUGAGGAAAGCCCGUUUCUAUGGCAACUACACUAAAAGCUUCCCGUGGCCCAAGCUGAAGCUGACAGUGGUGAAGCAAGGGAAGAUUUUUGACUUGCUGAUCUUAAAUGUGUCGGAGGGGGACCGGGGUCUUUACAUGUGUCGAGUACAGGAGUUUAAAAAGCACCAGGACCGUUGGAAGGCCUCGUCCAACUGCACCGCCGCCACGGAGCUCAGAGUUCAUCUGCUACCAGCCACUAAAGCUAAAGAAAGCCUUUGGAGCUUAUUUGAAGAUGUGUACCUGUGUGCCGUGCUGAUCUGCUCAGUGGGUCUGCUGUGCAUGUGCAUGUUCACGGUGACCGUAACCUGCCAGUACAUACAGAGGAAGCAGCGGUUAAAAGAUAAUUACCUACUGGUCAAAAGCCCCCAGAACAGUUCAGGGGAGACGGUCACCAGUCUGGUCAGUGUGUCUCCUGCUCUGCCUAAAAAGGAGAAGAGGUACAGGAAGAAAAGGAGCCGAGCGUAUCAGGAGGAGAUCCCACCAGAGAUACCAGCCAAAGCUCCUAUUGGAGACAAAGCACGAAAACCCAAACUUUUAAAACCACAGCCAAGGAAAGUUGUGUUGCCAAAAAUAGUGGAGGAGAAUUUGACCUACGCCGAGCUGGAUCUGGUCAGGCCACUUCCGGACACCAAGGCGUCGCGUACUGGGACUGUGUACGCUCAGAUACUGUUUGAGGAACAGCAGCUAUGAGGGAAACACACACCACUAAUGACUGUGCCUUAUG